GAAUUCUUGAUAUAAGAGCUCUUGUCCUCAUGCAUCCAAGAGUUUUAAUUCUCAGCUGUGCUCCUUUCAAUUCUCUUUCAGUCUUCAUUUUACACUUGCAAGCUUGACGCUUCUAGAUUCACGUUCAAUUCAUUAAUUCCAGUACCUCCCUUUCACAGCCCGCCUCCAAAGCAAGCACCCCUCAACAUCCUAAUUUCAAAAUGUUAAGUAACUACAUCGUCAUUGGCGCCAUGCUUGCCACUAGUAUCUCGGCACUCCCACUUCCUUUAAACAUCAACCUCGGAGCUUAUUCACCUGCCUUGGUAGUCGGUGAUGGUGAAAUAUCAUUCGGAGGAAAAGCAGAUGUAUCCAAUCUUAUGAACGCACUUGAAGGAGCAGCCGUUAGCGGAGCCGCAACAAAUGGUGCCGCAACAAAUGGUGCCGCUAAAGCACAAACACAAGCACAAGCAGCACCAGUCGCACCAGCCGCAGCCGUUGAAGCACCUGCCGAAGACAAGACUGAAGCCCAAGUAACAGCACUACAAGGAAUGGGCAAGGAAAUUGCACCUCGUGUCGUUAAGCUCCAACGAUCGAAUGUCGAAAAAGCUGCCAAACGUGAUAUUCAAACCUUGACUGCUGCUCUCAAUUACGCUGCCGGUGCAAUCAAGACGAGUCCCGAAGUCCAACUCGGAACAGAAGCAGCUGGUGUUGGUAUUCUUGUCAAGGCUGGAAGUACUGCUAAUGCACCUGCUGCUGCUGGCGCUGCUGCAAAAGUUAAGAUGGGCAAGCGUGAGGACGGUGUUGCAGACGCCAAGACAAAGACUACUGUUACCACUAUGUUUAUUCGUGGUGGACCAGCCGGUUAGUUACUAUCCAUUCAUCCUCAACCAUAAACCCCAAGCUAAUAUAACAACAAUAUAGUCGGACAAACAAACACCAUCUCUACAGUCCACAACGUCGAAGAUCUCAAUAACUCAGCGGUCACCAAGCGUGAGCCAAGUCCAGCUAUUGAUGGUGUCAACCUCAAUAUGGCUGAGGGACAAGUUGCCGAGCUUACUUUUGUAGAGACAAGAAGUGCAGAUGAUGAGGAAUAGAUUUCCUAUCUCGUCUGUGUGACAGAAGAAUAUGGAUAGGGGAAGGAGCGGAAUUUCAAUUUAUUAGCGUCGGAAACAAUUAAAAGAUAAUUUGUUUGAUAUACUCUCUUGCACGGCAUGGUAGCCAUGAGUGUGUUUUUUUCUUUCUUUCUUUCCUUUUCUUUUCCUGUUUUUUUCGGUUACUACAAAGGCGUUUUCAUAGCUCGGUUCGGUUCAAGCUCUUGUAUACCAUAUAGGUUCUUAACGGUGGUAAUUGGAAGGAAGAUGGCUG